UGUAACUGUCUAUAUGCUAGUUUCGUGUAUACAAUCGAAGCAAUGUAAACACAUAUAGUCUGUUGAGUAUUGAAUAAAUUAAAUGAAAAUAAUUUUGAUAUCAAAUUUUUUAUAUCCGACUUUUGUAACUCGAUAAGUUUCAUAGGAAAAACAUGUUUGAAACAAAAAUACUCGAUUCAGAGUACAAUGCACUGAGACGCAGUGAGCAUCAUGUUAUUCUUCAAGAAUACAAUGACAUUAUUGAAGAGCUCAAACGGGAUUUGGAAAUAUGUAAGACAGAACAAACUGACAUUCGUUCCGAGUUACAAGCUUUGCACGUCGAAAGUAAAAAUAGCAGUGACGCCAUACGCGAUUAUAUCUCACACACUCACAUGGAGGAAUGCGGUAACGAGGAUGUGCACAAUAAAAUAAUCACGAAUUUGAAAGAGCACAUCGCAGUAUUACAAAUGGAGAAGGACUCCGCAGUUCAAUUAUGGCAGGUAUCGAUGAAAGCUGUGGAUGCUUUGGAGCAGGAACUGAAAACUCGUCCAAUGGACAACAGAGACGCCAAAUUUUAUGAGGAGCAAUUGAAAGAUGUCAGACAAUCAUAUUCAGAAGCCAUAAAAGCUCUGGAAGGCAAGUUACUUCAGACCAAGGAGAAUUUUGUAAAACAACAAUCCCUGUGGAUGUCAAGUAAGGAAACGAUAGAAACUCUAAAGCGAGAGAAACAGGAAACGGCAACGAGAUUUCAGGAACUCCAACAAGAUACUCAACGAAAAGAUAGGAACAGUCAGCAGACGAUACAAUCGUUGACGGAAGAAUUGUCUGCUGCAAAAGCAGAGAUACAGAGGAUAAAUCAUUUAAAAUCAGACUUGGAGAGGAAACUAAACGAGAGUAAAAGAGUAUCUAGCAAUAUUAUGGCGAAAAAUGAAGAAACGAAAUGCAAAAUGGCCGAAGCUCUCGAUUUAAUAGAAUCUGCGGUGAGAGAAAAGGAUUUUGUACUUCAAAGAGAGGCACAGAUUGCAGAGCAAAAUGCCAGAUUGGAAACUCGGUUGGCUUCCAUGGCUGAGGAACACGCCUAUAAGAUGCGAGAGGAGAUUGCUAAACUGAAGGAUACUCACGAACGCAAUAUAAAAAAAUAUUUAUCAGAGAUCAAAGAGUUGAAAUCAGAAUUGCGGGAAAAGGUGGCUUUAUUGGAUCAAUCACAGAGAGAGAGCAGAUUGGCGGAGGAGGAAUUGGAAAAGAUGCGUCGAGAUUCCGAGGAUUUACUGGAAAAGUCAGCUGCCAAAAUUCUGACCUUCGAACAAGCAUUAAAACAGACGGACUCUAAGUUGGAGGCUUGCAACGAGAUAUGUAGGAGACGAUAUAAUUUAGAGAUGCAACAGCUACGAGAAAAGAUUGUCAACUUGGAAGAAAAGUUGAUAACUUCGAAUGAGAAGUUGAAGCAAAUUCAGAAGCAGAACUCUAUGGAUGUACGAGAUCGUAUCAUGUUGGCCGACGAGAAGACAAAGGACGCCAUCGAUCGCUAUGUUAAUUUAGAAGGUCAAUUAGUCAAAGCUACAGAUGAUAAGGAAACUCUAGCAACGGAAUUGAAAUCACUACAAUCGGCCUUCGAUCGCGAAAUACACAAGAGAGAUUACGAGCGAUGCACGUUGGAAAGCAAGAUCCACGAAUUGGAAGAAAAUCUUUUGAAAGAGAAUUAUGUAAUGGAGGGCAAAUUGGGCACCAAUGUUUCUCCAAUACAAGCUCCCUCGCAACAUCGAGCAGAUACUCUGGAUAUAAGGAUUGAAAAUAUGGACCAUAAUUGGCAGUCUCUGUUAACUGAACAAUUAAGCAAGCAACAAGAACAUUUUGAUAAAAAAAUAAGAGAGAUGACACAGCAUGUGACAAUUCACCAAAAAUUAAGCAGAAGAUGGAGGGACGAAGCAAAAUCUCUGACUGCGCGAUUUCAAGUAAAGUCUAAGGAAUUACGUGGAAAAAUUACCUCGUUACGAAGAGAGAAUGCCGAGCUACACAAAGCGCUCCUGCUUGGCAAACAGCAAUUUACUCAACUUAGAACAGACACUAUGCAACAUAGUUAUGUACAAGGAUCUGAGAUUAGGUGACAAUGCCUCAUACUAGGUACAGGACCAUUCCGACGUAUCUCAGAUGCUGUAAAUAUUACAAAGAUAUUGGCUCUAUUUACCAAAGAGAUACAAAUCUUAAGAAGCAACGUUAAUUCUUUAAAUUAUUUCCUAUCUAUUUGAUAACACUGAUACAAACACUGAGUUUAUUCUUUGGAAACAAUGCAAGCUGUAAAUAAACUAGGAAACCAA